CUCACUAAAGUGCGGUCACACUGGUGGUAAAGCAAGUGCGGGGGCGAGUUUUCCAUUCCGCGGAAAAAUGCCAUUAAUUAGCCAGACCAACAAAUCCCGAUGCUUCGCCCGCCAUCAGUAGAGAGCAGAACAUGUCCCCGCCUCGUUGCCACAGAGAAUCACGGACCACAGCUCACUCACACACAGAGAAUCUGGAGGAGCAGCCCCACAGAAGGAGCAGAAUCCCCUGGAGAUUCCACUAGCCAUGGAGCAAUCGGUAUCCGCCCGUUGGCUGCGACGCUAUCGCGCCUUCUUCCUCAUCCUGCUGCUCAUCGUGGCCAUCCAGUUGUUCCUGGCCUACAAAUCUUUGGACAUCGUGGGCGGCGGUUCCGGCUCCGGAUUCGAUGCGGCUGAGGUGCCCGCCAGUCCACCUCCGCCGCAGGCUCAGGAGCGAGUCCAGCCACCAAGCAGGACCAAACUGACUGCUCAGCAACUGGGCUUCCAGCCAGAGUGCGACAUCCUCGCCAGGGAGGCCAUCUCCGCCCUGCAGCGCGCCAAAACGAAAGACUGCCGAGAACAUAUCGCGCACAUCGCCUGCGCCAUCCAAGCCGGUCGCUUCUAUGCCCCCCAACUCCGGAGCAGCUGUCCGGCGGGCAACCACACGGCCAACGUGUCUCUGGGCUGCUACAAGGAUGAGAAGGAUCGCCGCCUCCUCGCAGGCUACUACAGCAGCUCCAAGACGUCCAAUUCCCCCGCCAAAUGUGUAGAGUUGUGCCUCCAGAGCGGCUAUCCCUAUGCAGGUGUCCAGUACGGACGCGAGUGCUUCUGCGGCUUUGAUACGCCUCCAAGUGCCGCAAAACUGCCGGAUUCCAGCUGCAACACCAAGUGCCUGGGCAACGCCAAGGAGAUCUGUGGUGGCUUCUACGCCAUGAACAUCUACGAGACCGGCAUAGCCAAGUUCACUGCUCAGCUGGCAGCCACCACUCCUCCGGCGGGAACAAAGCGCGUGCGGAUCGCAUUUCUGCUGACGCUCAACGGCAGAGCGUUGCGACAGGUGCAUCGACUGCUGAAGGCGCUCUACGCUCCGGAGCACGUCUACUACAUUCAUGUGGACGAGCGCCAAGAUUACCUGUAUCGGAACCUGCUGGAACUGGAGUCGAAGUUUCCCAACAUCCGUUUGGCUCGCAAGCGAUUCUCAACGAUAUGGGGAGGAGCCUCCCUGCUGACUAUGUUGCUCCAGUGCAUGGAGGACCUCCUGCAAUCCAACUGGCACUGGGACUUUGUGAUCAACCUGAGUGAAAGUGAUUUUCCCGUAAAGACUCUCGACAAAUUGGUGGAUUUCAUGAGUGCCAAUCCGGGCAGGAACUUCGUCAAGGGCCACGGUCGUGAAACGCAAAAGUUUAUCCAGAAGCAGGGAUUGGACAAGACGUUCGUGGAGUGCGACACGCACAUGUGGAGGAUAGGAGAUCGCAAGCUGCCAGCGGGAAUCCAAGUAGAUGGCGGAAGUGACUGGGUGGCGUUAUCGCGACCUUUCGUGGCCUAUGUAACCCAUCCCAAGGAAGAUGAUGAGCUACUGCAGGCUCUGCUCAAGCUCUUUCGGCAUACCCUUUUGCCAGCGGAGUCGUUUUUCCACACUGUGCUAAGGAAUACGCAGCACUGUACCAGCUAUGUAGACAACAAUCUGCACGUGACCAACUGGAAACGGAAGCAAGGAUGCAAAUGCCAGUACAAACAUGUGGUGGACUGGUGCGGAUGCAGUCCGAAUGAUUUUAAGCCUGAGGAUUGGACCAGGCUGCAGGCCACAGAACAGAAAUCACUCUUCUUUGCCCGCAAGUUUGAGCCGGUGAUAAACCAAGCAGUGCUGUUGCAGUUGGAGGAGUGGCUCUACGGGCCGUAUACCAGCGAGUACGCAAAUCUGCAUGGCUACUGGCAGUCCCUGUAUCACCAAGAAGAUGCCCACGGAUCAGGAGAUGAUUUAGCCAGGAGUAUUGGUGAUAGCUUGAUGCGUCUUUCUGCUCGUCAAGCCAAAUUGGAUCCCCUAGAACUCAUAGAGCUCACCCACUACCUUCACCGGGAUCAAUACAAGGGUUUCCUGGUGCGUUACAGAGCUAGAGGAGCAUCAGGGAAACCACUUCACCUGGAGACGCGAGUGCGUCCAGUGCAGCAAGGCAAGCUGGCGAGAAAUGCCCGCUUUAGCAAGCGAUUACGCAAUUUUGAGGUCUCCACAGACUUUGAUCAAAAGGAGCAGGUGGCUCGCAAUUUUGGAAAGCUCUUGGGUCCCCAAAGUGAACUGCUUCUGAGCUACACACUCCAGGCUUCUGCGGAUUCGGGAUCAGCGUCGCACUCCUACAACUUGACUCUGCUGUGGAUAGAUCCGCUGGGUCGCCUGCAGGAUUUCAACGAACUGCAUGUCGAAGACUCCACCAGCGAUGUGAUAAACCACUCGAAAACCCUGCUCAAACAUCCAAUCACACCCGGGAUUUGGACAGCCAAGUUAAUAGGUCGCAACUCUAUUUAUGCACAGCUCAAGUUUCUCAUAUCACCACUGGCCUACUAUAAAGGAUAUCCGUUAGAGAAAUCCUCAGAUGCAGAAAUGCUGAACGCCGGUUUGGCAGUGGCACUGCCCGAGGAUUUCGAGAUGCCCAUAGAGUGGCAACAACAUCUGCACACCGACGAUGAGCAGAUCACCAUGCGCGAGGAAUCCCUUGCACAUGGAAGGAUGCUAGGCCAGGACCUGCACAGUUGGAUAGACCGGUUGGUCGGGCAAUUCUUUCAACUCCGUGAGAGUUGCGUAGUGGAAGCGGAUACCGAGGAGUCCCUGCCACUCUGCAGCGAUUCCGCAUGGAGCUCACUGGCUCCCGACCCCAAGAGCGAUGUGGAUGCCCUGCUUAAAUGAGCCAUUGCCAUUGAUCAGUUUUGUUAUUAAUUCUAUAGUGUAAAUACUCGCCAAGAUUUAGAUACCGAUCCACUUUUAACCAUUUUUUGAUAGCUCCUUUUUCUCCUCAAUGUUUUCGUAUAGAUUGUUGUGAUAAAUGUGAACUUGUAAGCGCCAUCUUGACCGGAUGCGGAAUUCCGCCGCUCCUUUUGUAAUUUGAUUUUUUCAAUAAUAGAGCAUAGAAUUUUUGAACUAGUUAAGUUAGUUAGGUUUGAACGCCUUGUAAAUACGCAACGCACUGGACACCAAAUGAUUGCAUUGCAGCCAAAUAUCGUGGAGGUAAUCCAGAGUUAACUGUACAUAAGGUUAGCUAGACGCAAUUCCUUAACUAAGUCAUAAGCUAGGGCACCACCAGAUAGCAAUUGAAUCAGUUGUAUUCACAAAGUUUCUUCGAUUUUUUGAUUUACAUAUCAAGUUAUCCAAAAUAAAUGAGCAAUUCUACAUGUA